AUGGAAGAAAACGAAAAGGACCCUAUUGCUCUUCAUGUUAUUGUUGUUGGUUUCCAUCAUAAACGUGGAAUGCAAGUUGAGUAUUGCUAUCCUCCUCUGUGCAACAACGACAGCUCUAGUGGUGAUCUGCCGGUGCAGUGGAGGCAUCUACCAUCUCUCUGCUUACCUGAUGGCGCUCACAACCAUGAGGCUGACACAGUUUUCUUCCACUUGCCGCACCUCACAGAUCCCAACCGAACAGUUUUUGGAGUUUCGUGCUACAGGCAAAUUGAUGCUGAGAAAGUUACCAACAAAACUGCAGACAUUACUCGAAAUUCUGUUCAGAAGUCAGUGUGUGUUCUUUGUACACUGCCCAUCUAUGGCUACAUCCAGGAACGUUUACAGGUGACCACUCGAGUGUAUUUCAAAGGAGCAGACUUUGCAGAUGUGCGAGAUUUGGCGGGCCUCUAUCAUGACCUCAACACAGCCAACUGGCGGGAUAAACUUCAUCAUGGUGUGAGCGUGAGCGACUGCGUGCGGCUGUUUGGUCGCAACCUGCUGGUGCUGUUCAAGCUGGUGCUGCUGGAGCGCAGCGUGCUGGUCUACCACAGCCCAUUCGGCGACGGCUCCACACUGAAGAUUUACACGAGCGAGGAGGACACCAGCGCGCCCUCCGGUCAGGGUAAAGGGCGCCUGUCAUCCCUCAGGGACGUGGACCAGCUGCCGUCCCUAGACAACCAGUCGCUCGACUCCAGCAGCGCCAUGGCGUCCACCCGUGUCACUACCGGCGCUGAUACCCCCACCAACACCCUUCAGGACAGCAUCAGCGAGCUGAGGAGCAGCAACUCCAGCCUCACCUCCGUCACCUCCCGCGCCUCGUUCCUCAGCCCCCUGCAGCCUGACAUUGCUGAUGGUGGGUCCUGUUAUAUGCCCAUACCGCACCCAUACUACGCCCAUAUCACGCCUAUAAUGCGCCUAUACCACGCCUAA